AGCAAACAAAAUUCAGAAUUUAGUAAUGUCGAUGCUGAACAGGUCUACUUUCCAAGUGCUGUACAGGUCCAUGACCUACCUCCUAAAACCACAAAAGAUGCCCUAGAAAUCCACCUGGAAGCUCAAUGUGACAGUGAUGCCCAUGCGAAUGUUAUUCAGCUAAAUGCUGAUAAGGGAUAUGCUGUGGUUGAGUUUUCUGAUUACAGAGAUAUUGGGCCUUUAUUGACAAAGGAGCACAGAGUAAACGGACAAGUGAUCACUUUAAGUCUCUAUUAUCCCUUUUUUGGAGAGACCUCUCCAGCCUGGGACCCCAGCUCCCCUCAUCUGCCAACCCCAGGGCCUGUUAUAGUGAAAGUCAACCCAGCCUUCCUUAAGUAUGUUCACAAACACCCUCAAGUUCAUGGGAGGAAGUUUGCAGAUGUUCUUGAGAAAGCACAUGCCCAAGCCCAGUUCACUGAUGAUGGAGAACUCCGUCUCUCUUGCACCAUCACAGAUGGUGCCAUGGAUGCCUUUGCACUGAUCCGAACAUGGGAACAAGAUGCUGUAUUGAAAGUCCAGGAUUUUUUUCAGCAUUACUCACAUGAGGUUUUUCAAAUUCAACCAGAUGCAUGGAAUAACGUUGUGGAAAGAAUUGCAGAGAAGCACUUAGUGGAAUCAUGUGAUAUUAUUGUGGAUAUGGACCCUGACACCAUGAAAAUUACCCUUACUGGUGAAAAUGAAAUGGUAAUGCUGCUGUCAAAUCAAGUGAAAGUCAUUCAUGAUGCAGAAAUGAAAGCAAUAGAAAGGGAGAGGGAGAAAAUAAAAGAUGACAUUUCUUUGGAUGAAUACAAGCUGAGACUAUUGCUUGCUUUGAACUUUUUGAACAAUAUGGAGGAGCAGUUUCAUGACCUAUCCACCAAAAUUGAUCUUAAAAAUGGCAUUAUAUCCUUUGAAGGGGUUCAAGCAGAUGUUAGGAAUGCUAAGUUGCAAAUGUAUGAGAGAAUUACAACAUUAGUUGAAGGCAAGGUUUCUCUGUCUCAGUUGAUGAUUGACUUCUUGAAAUUUCAAGAAUGUCAAGAUUAUCUUGAUCAGUGCCUUAAGUCAAGUGAAGUAGUUGCUGUGUGGACCUUUGGCGAUAAAGAAAUAUCACUGUACGCACAGUCAAGAGACCAGUUAGAAACUGCAAAUGCUAUCAUUUUGAGGGAGGUUCAAGAAAAGACCUCUGAGUUAAAUGCAGAGUCUCAGUCAUUGUUGAAGUCAAAAAAGUGGCAGAAGAUGUGUGACAGCCUCAAUAAAGACUAUCCUGGAUUGUUGAAGAUUUCUUCAAGUGCAACACAUUACACCAUUGUGGCCCUGAAAAAAGACAUGCAAAACAUUCUUGGAAGAAUUGACAGGUUUUUGGAAGAAAAUACCAUAUUGACUGUAUUUGAGCCAAUGGAAUAUGGAAGAGUAAGCUACAUGAAAAACUAUAUGAUUGAAGGGCUGAGCAAUAUAACUGCGAGCCUAAAACCAUCUGUCAUUUCAGUUGAAGCAGACGACACCAAAUCAAAGCCAGGCAUUUUGGUUAAAGGCACAAAAGAUGGACUGAAGGAAAUUAUGCCAACUAUCAAGGAGUUAUCCAGUUCAGUCCAGAAAUGUUCACAUCCUGUGGGAAAACCAGGCAUGCCAAAGUUCUUUAGUGAAAAGAAAGGGCAGUCUCUGCUUGAGGGUGUCGCCUUGCGUACAAAAACCAUCAUUGAAGUUAACCAGCCCGAGGAGACAACACCUCGAGUCAUUACAGGGAAACGUGAGAACCAGGAGGCAGUGGAAACCAGGGUUGUGAAGAGUCAAGUAGAUCAUAGCAGCGGAAAGAAAUUCUUGGUGUGUAAAGGAGAUAUGAGCAAAUACCCAGUUGAUGUUGUGGUCAAUGCAGCCAAUGACCGUUUGGAGCAUACAGGUGGUCUGGCAGGUGCUCUAUUAAGAGCAGGAGGCAAAGCAAUCCAAGAAGAAUCAAAAAAAUUCCUUGAGAGACAUGGAUGGUCAAGGCUCAUGGAAGGUCAGAUAGCUUGGACUGGUCCAGGGAAACUACCUUGUAAACUCAUUAUCCAUGGAGUUGGACCUAUGUGGGAGGGAGACAAAGCAGGAAAAGAGAGACUGCUCAAGGAGGUAGUCUACAAGGCUUUCGAAAAGGCUAACCAAGAUGGCUUCAAAUCCAUUGCCUUUCCAGCCAUUAGUUCUGGCAUUUUUGGUUAUCCUGUGGACAAAAGUACCAGGACUAUAGUUGAGGCUGCUGAUAUGAGUUGUAGUGAAAAUCCAAGCUCCAGUCUCAAAGAAAUUCACUUUGUUGAUACAUCUGAUUCUACUGUUGAUCUAUUUAGUAAGGCUGUCCACAGUGUUUUGGGGAUCAGUAGUCAGUUUGGGCAGCCCAAGACCAGAUACAGUGGAUCACCAACAUUAAGGGAAGAUACCAGAGGGGAUGACAAUGCUCAGUGGCAAGACCCAGAUGAUAUAGAUACAGAUGAUGAGCUCCAGGCGGCAGUAGCAGGAGCAAGGGGUUCUCGCAGAACAACAAAGAAUACAGAUUUCCAGCCAGGUCCUUCACCAGACUCUGUGGAGACAGCUGAAGGCAUUACUGUGACUCUUGUAAAAGGGCAGCUAGCACAACAGCAGGUUGAUGUCAUUGUCAAUACCACUCACCAGUCCUUGAACCUUAGCAAUGGGGCAGUGUCCAAGUCCAUCCUGAUGACUGCUGGCCCUCAGAUUCAACAGGAGUGCAGUAACAAGUAUCCUGGGGGAGUCAGAUUUGGUGAUGUGGCCCCUACAAGAGGAUAUGGCAGGCUACAGUGCAAAAUGGUGUAUCAUGGAGCUUGCUGUAACUAUGAUGGUGGGAAGGGACAGAGCGAACAGAUCUUGAGGCAGUUCAUUCAGAAUUGCUUAAAUGAGCUGAGCAGGACAGGAUUUUUGUCCAUUGCAUUCCCUGCCAUAGGCACAGGGAACUUGGGCUUUCCAAAAGAUCUUGUUGCCAAAGCCAUGUUUGAAGAAAUCAAGAAUUUUAGUAGUGCUAAUUCUCACACAAGCCUGAAAGAUGUACUCUUUGUGAUUUAUGAGAAAGAUUUUCCUCUUAUUAAAGCUUUUGAGGAUGAACUUCAGCGUGUGCAAGGCAAAGGAGGGAUGGGAGCAAAACCUAAAAGAAAAAGAAAGAGCAAGGCAGGAACUUCUGAAGGUGGUGGCUCCCUCUAUACCAACCUGACAAGCCACACUCCUGGGGGUUACCAAAUGAAGAUUGGCAAGAUUUGUGUUCAAAUCCAGAAAGAUGAUAUUACCAAAGAAAAUGUGGGAGCAAUAGUUAACAGUUCAAAUCCCACUCUGGACUUGUCAAUGGGUGGUGUGUCCAAGGCAAUUGUUAACAGUGGAGGGAGUGCUAUCCUGGAUGAAUGUAGAAAGAAGGGUCAAACGAUGGGUGGUCUAGCUCUGACAGGAGCAGGGAAAUUGAAAUGCAAGUACAUAAUUCACUUUGAUGCUCAGAUGUACUUCUAUGGUAAAUGGAAGGAGGCUGUCAUCAAGUGCUUAGAAAUGGCAGAGUCUCUAGGUGUAAAGUCUGUGGCUUUCCCUGCACUUGGAACAGGUGCACUUGGAUAUAAUAAUAACCCAGAGUCAAUUGCGUCAGACAUGUUGGAAGGUAUUGCUGACUUCUACAUUAAUGUUAAUCCAAUUAAUGUCAUGCUGGUAAGGAUUACUUUGUUUCAACCACAUCUGCUACCUAUAUUUCAAAAGGUUAUGAAGAACAAGCAUGGAACACCAUUAAAAGACAACAGAGGUAUUUUCAAGAAAAUGUGGGAUACCGUUCGAAGGCAUUCAUGGAAAGGGAGUGAAGUUUUGGAAAGGGAGAAAAAAGUGUUGGUUCUUGACAUUUAUGCAAAGGACAAGAAAUCUUCUGAUGCUGCAGUGCAGGGUAUAGAGGACAUAGUGAGAGAUGAAAUGGAGGACAGAAUGAUAACAGAUGAUGAAAUAGCAAGGUUCUCACCAGAACAGGUGGAUAGACUGAGGGAUCUGGAAAAGAAACUAGAUGUCCAGAUGAACAUAGAGAUUCUAGGUGUCAAUAGAGUCAACCGCAUUCGUAUACAGGGUCACAAACAAGAUGUGGCCAAAGUAGUGGAAGAGUAUCAUAAAAUCCUGAGAGAGUUGAAGGACCAUGACUUGAAAAUUGCAGAAGCUGAGGCAUGUGCCAAGGAAGUUAUGUGGAUGUAUAUUGAUGGUGGAAAAAAUUAUCAGUAUGACAUGAUGCUGAAUGCUGAUAUUGAGAAGGCAUAUCAAGCCAACAAAAGAGGGAGAUACAAGUACAAGAAUGAAGACGGACAAACUUUAGAAAUCAACUUUGUUAAGAUGGAAGAAAUCAUGUCUGGAGAUACAACUAGUGGCAUUAAAGUUCUGCGAAAGAAUUUGAAAGAAAUGCAAAACCUCCCCAACCAUUGGAGCCCCAUGCCUAUGGGUCAAAGUCAGGUUUCAAUACCAAUAGAUAUGUCUACAAGGGAAUACAGAAAAGUCAUGACAAAGUUGAUGAAAACUUCUCAAGGUUCUAUUAAUCAAAUUUUUAAGAUUGAAAGGAUUCAGAACCCCACACUGUACAAGUCGUAUAUGGUGAAGAAAGAGGACAUGGAGACACGCAACCCUGGCUUACAAAAUGUGAGAGAACUUUUCCAUGGAACCAGUGAGGAGACUCUACCAAGCAUAAAUAACACUGGUUUCAAUAGAAGUUACUGUGGUAAAAAUGCCACCAUGUAUGGUAGAGGGGUGUAUUUCGCAACCCAGUCUGUUUAUGCUGCAAGAGACCAGUAUGCCAGACCAAAUAGCAAUGGAGAGCGUCACAUCUACCUGGCUAAAGUUCUGACUGGAGACUAUACAGCAGGGAACCAGUCUCUGAUUGUGCCACCUCUAAAACAAGGGAGCCAGCACUUUGAUUCUGUGGUUGAUGAUCCAAACAACCCUGGGAUAUUUGUGAUCUUUUCCGACAAUCAAGCGUAUCCGGAGUAUUUGAUAACAUUUAAUUGAUUUGUGCUUGGAAAAGUUAAGACCAGUUGGAACUGUUGGGUGAACUGAUGUUCAAGUAACUGAGGAACUAAAUUUUCAGUAUCUGUAGAACACAUUUUCAUGGUUAAAUAUUUAAUCUAUUACAAUGAAUAUGUAUCACACACAUAGUGGAGUAAUUUCAGUCAAAAUUAGUUUUCUCACAUUAUUUACAAAUCCAUUCUGUGUAUAAGAGACUAAUACCUCAUUCACACCAGUACUUUUAACCGUGGUCAAGGCCUGACCUGGGUCCUAUCACAGUUAACUUUUCUAAUGUGAACGGAUGACUUAGCCCUGACUGUGGUCGAAAUUAACCCAGAUCGAGAGGUGGGUACAAUCGGAGUAAACUCCUGACCGCGGUCAAGAUCAGAUGUCUACAUAUGAAGCGCACGCGCACAUGUGUAUUUCAUUGGAGCUCCCGCCAUGUUGCACAAUACUAGUAAGAGCGCAUGCUUGACAGGAUGCUGAGAUUCUACCGCUACUGAUCACUGCCGGUGUCAGUGUGAAUGUGGUUUGGACACGGUAUGGUUGACCGCGGUUUAAUCAGAGUAAACUCGACCGCGGUUAACGUUCUAAUGUGAAUGGCCUAUAAAACUCGAGGUUUUUACUCAAUACCCAAUAAUAAAUAAGAAAUCAUUAUGCCAAUAUUCUUUGAAAUGAUUGUAUUUAAUUUUAUAGAAUUAGUGCGUGUAUUAGAUAUACCAUUGCUUCAAUCUUGAUUGUUUCUAUUAACAUAUAUAUAUAUAUAUAUAUAUA